CAAUCGACGCACUCAUAUGUUUUUUGUAGCAAACUUUCAUCUCUAGCUAAGAAUACACGUGCAGUGCAAAGAAAGCUUGACAAAAUGAGCGACGACGAGUCUAGCGAUGGUAUGGAGGAUUUGAAGGCGUUGAUGGCCAUUUACAAACAGCAUGACGAGUCGCAAGAGGAAAAGCCGCAGUCGGCCAAAGACGAAGUGGAAACUGGCUAUGUUGAAGUGCCUAUGGAAAAAGUGAUAUUCGGUGACAAGCAAACGUUUCUCAGCAAUCUAGCUAAGUCGGUGGGCAAAAAACGGCAGAAAGAUAAAGAAGAAAGUGAUGCGGACGAAGAUGAUGAUGACAAAGCGGACUUGGCAAAGAAACCCAAAGCAGCCUGGCACGAUUCCGAUGACGAAGAGCUCGAGGUGGGCGAAGUGAAACGGCAGACACGACAUACUGGACCCUUAAAUCAUUUGCGCAUGGACAAGUCAUACAAGGAGUAUUUAACGGCUCGCUUUCAACGCACCGUUAAUCAACCUAAAUGGGCAACGUUAAAGCCAAAGAAGGAGAACUCCGAGAGCGAAGAUUCCGAGGAUGAAGCACUACUGAAGACCGUUGGAUUCAUCGAUCACAAGGCUAAGACACGCGAACUGCGAGCCAAGAGCAUAUUCUUCAAGAGAGUCAAGGAUUUGAAUCGUGCCACAUACAGUGAAGGCGUCAUUAACAGUGUCCAGUUCCAUCCGACGAGCACCGCUGCCCUGGUGGCGGGUGAAAGUUAUCUGGCCACCAUAUACAGUGUGGAUGGACAAAAAAACGAGAAACUGCACAACAUACGCUUCCCAAAGUUCGCUAUUACUUGUGCCCGCAUCACGCCUUGCGGUACCAAAGCCUUCUUUGGCGCCAUGCAACGUCACUAUUACUCCUACGAUCUGCUCGAGGCCAAGGCGACCAAGCUGAAGAUGCCUUCGAACAUCAAUACUUCGCACAAGUUUGAGGUGUCGCCGUGUGGCAAAUAUAUUGUUACCAUGGGCGUAUUUGGUAAUAUUCAUGUGUUCACCACCAAUUCCAAUGAAUUGUUGCACACGUUCCAUCAGGAGGGACAAUUGCGUGGCAUGAGCUGGACGGCGGACUCGAAGCGUAUCAUUUGCUCCGGUUCCAGCUGCAAUGUGAAUGUGCUUUCCAUGCGAGAGUUGCGCAUCGAGCACACUUUCAUCGAUGAUGGUUGUAUCAAUGGCCGAGCAAUUGCAUUGUCACCAAAUCAACAAAUGCUCGCAACCGGCAGCAAUGAAGGCGUUGUCAAUAUUUACGACUAUGAGAACAUCUACAAAUCAGCGGCACCGCAGCCAGAGAAGCGCUUCAUGAAUCUGCAAACAGCAAUUGCUGAGCUGAAAUUCAAUCCCACGUCAGAGUUACUGGCAAUGGGAUCGCGUUUGGUGCCAAAUGCCUUGAAACUGGCGCAUUUUCCCAGCGCCACGAUCUAUUCCAACUUCCCGGGGCAACAGGAGGAUGUUGGUUAUGUCAACACCAUGGCAUUCUCACCGGGCAGUGGCUACUUUGCUAUCGGUUGCAAGGGAAAGAAGGCACCGUUGUUUAGACUUAAGCAUUUCAAGCACUAUUAACUAUUGUAGUAAACAAAUUAAAACCUAUUUUCUAUA